CACCGCUUGAGUUUCUCUUGAACACUUUGAGGAUUCAAGAUGACCCAGAACCAAUCAAAAUUAUUUAGUAGUGGAUUAGAGUUGGCAUCUUUCGUGGCCAGCUCUGACCUCCUCACUUCUUCAUGUAAGCUUGUCUCAGACCUGUACGCAGAAAAACCAUUCAGGCCAGAAUCUCUUCCGCAAAAAAGUUAGCAAAGAAUCAAGUUUGACAAUUAUAGCGUUUGGGACAACCCAAAAUCAUGUUCAAUCCGAUUUGCUUCCUUUAUCCAUCAACAUGAACGACAAUCCCUUCAAAUUUAUCUGUCCCAAUUUCUCUCUCAAUCGGUUUGCAUUUUCCCUGUACGUACUUCUUUUAGCAGGUGCAGCCUUCUCAGUCUCACAAUCUCUCUUCGUUCCACCGUUCCUCGCAAUCUCUCAAAAUUCCCCACCUUGGAUUUCUCUGCUCAAAGUUCCUUUGACCACUGAUCAUCUCAUAAAGACUUGGGCUCCAUCCGUCUCUGUUAUCUCUCUUCCUCUUCUCAUUCACUUUGACCGUCGCUAUCUCUCCGAAGAUGGCGCCUCAGAUUUGCCCAUUAAACUCCAUCGUGCCCUCAUAUAUGCUCUUGAACUUCCACUGCACCAGAUCUGCUCUAUCGAUCUCAAAAAACCUGUAAUUGUUACUGGGCAUGCUAUUGGUGGAUCAAUUGCUUCUCUUUUCACUUUAUUGCUGUUAGAAGAUGUGAGGCUAGCAGCAGACAAGCGUCCACUCUGUAUCACCUUUGGUUCUCCACUUCUUGGAGACCAAAACCUUCAACAAGCUUUAUCGCGAAGUUCUUAUUGGAACUCUUGCUCUCUACAUGUGACCACUCUCCACGACCCAUUUCUCUCCUGCUCAAUUUCUCACUACAGACCCUUUGGAAUAUUCAUCUUGUGUUCUAAUCAUGGCUCUGCCUGUUUUGAAAGCCCUGAUUCUAUUCUGAAACUAAAGGAUAUGGUUCAACCAAAUCAACAAGGAUUGCAAAUUCAUGAUUAUGAAAAUAUUGUCGAGAAUCUUAAUCGCAAUGCAAUUUGCGAAGUGUCUAAUGUUCCCAACAUCUCUCAUUCUAAUGAACUCCAGGAGAAUUUGGUGAAAGAACUGCAUAAACAAGAAAUGCUAUUGAUUAAGAAGAAGAGUCAACAGUUUAACCCGGACAAGAAGUUGAAUGAUAUGAAAACAAAUAUGGCUGGGUUGGAAUGGUACAAGAAGCGCACAAAGAAUGAGAGAAAGGGGUACUAUGAUAGUUACAAGGAUGGGUUAUUCCCUCGUGACCAGGACGCUAUCAUGCUCAUAAAAGUACUUAACGAUUAUUGGGAAGAUAUGGUGCAAGGGGCGGAGAAACAACCCCAGAAAGAAGGUAAGAAAUUUUGUACCAAAUGGCUAUAUGGUGGGACUAAUUACAGGAGAAUGGUGGAACCAUUAGACAUUGCUCAGUACUACAAGGAGGGAAAAAGGGACUACAUCAAACAGAAGUGGUUGGAAUAUGAUCCGCGGAGACAACCUGGGUCAAUAAGUGGGACAAAUAUAGGAUCUAUAUUAACGUUGGAUUCUUGCUCUUGGGCACAUGUGGAAGAAGCAGUUAUUUUAACUCAAAAUCUCAAGACUACAGGAGAUCAACUUGGUGAGGCAGAGAGGCGAGAGGCAGUGAAUAGUUUGGAUGAGUUUGAGAACUAUGUUUAUGGGUCACUAAAGAAGCAUGCAGUUUCAUCAGAGAUUUUCUUGACUGAAAGUAGCUUCAUGUGUUAGUGGAGCGAGUACAUCGAAAUCAAGGGAGCUUCAUCACAUGACUCUAAACUUGCCAGCUUCAUGAAGAAUCAAGCCAAUUAUAAGAAGUGUGAGGAGGGUGCUUGUGAUUUCCCUUGAGAAAAUAGGCUUUUAGAAUUGAUCAUUCAACGCAGGACUUGAGUACAUUAGGAUUUCAUCCGCUUUCAAUUUAUGUUCUAUUUCUUAAGGUGGUUUUUUGCACUUUAACUUCUCUAUUUUGA